UUCUAAUGUUUUACUUUAAAAUAAAAGCGGAUAAGGUUAAGUUUGACAGAGUAGUUUGACAGUAAAAUUAAAUUUGAAAUACCUACGAAUAAAAUGGAAUCAUUGGCAUUAUUAUUACUUGCGGUGGAUGACGGAAUAACCAUGCAUAAUUUUGAAAAUAUUAUAUUAUCUUUAAUAAAACCUAAUAAUAAUUUUAAUUUUAAUAGACAUCGUGCCCGAAUAAAAUGUAAUAAAAAUUAUGAGAAAAUAAUUCCUAGGUUUACGCACGAUCAGUUUAAGGAAAUGUUCAGAAUGGAUAGAAUAACUUGUGAAAAUUUAUCAAAUGUCAUUGCACAACAUCUUGCAAGACAUGCAAAUGAGUACGCACCACUUCGAAAAAAAGUAUUACUCACAAUAUGGUUAUUGAGCAGACCAGUAAGUUUUCUAGCAGCAGGAGAUAGAUUUAAUAUACCAACAAGUUCAGCACAUCAUAUUUUUAAAGAAAUUGUUGAUGUACUUGUCGACUUGAUGCCAGAGUAUAUACAAUGGCCAAAUCAUGUUUACAAAACCACAUGUAUAGAUGUAUUCGAGGAGAGAUCAUAUGGAUUUCCAGGAGUCAUCGGAGCAAUUGACGGAUGUCAUAUUCCUUGUAAACAACCAAAAGAUAAUGCGCAUGACUACUACAACAGGAAGGGUUUCCAUUCCAUUAUAUUACAAGGAAUUUGUGAUCAUCGUAGAAAGUUUAUUGAUUGCUUCAUUGGCUUACCUGGAAGAAUGCACGAUGCUCGCGUGUUUAGAAAUUCUCCAGUUUAUCAACGCAUUAUAAAUGCAAGAAAUCCAUUAUUGCUGGCCGAAGAACACAUAAUUGGGGAUUCUGCCUACCCAUUAAUGAUGAAUGUAAUGACACCAUUUAGAGACACAGGACGUUUAACAGUUGCUCAAACCCGUUACAAUAUUAAGCUCAGUUCAAUUAGAUCUGUCAUUGAGCGAGCAUUUGGGCUUUUGAAAGGAAAAUUCCGACGUUUAAAAUAUUUAGAUAUCAAUGAUAUUGAUCUUGGAAAAAAAAUUAUUGCAGCUGCCUGUGUAUUGCACAAUUUGAUAUUAGACAAUAUAGAUGAAUACGAUAUUAAUGACGAGAUUGAAGAAAUGCCAAAUGAGGAAAUUUUAAAUAUAAAUAUAGAAAAUGAAGAGCGCCCACAGAUGAUGGUCAUACAAAAGCGUGAACAGAUUAUGCGUAUAUUAUCACAUAAUGCAUAGAUAUAUACACAAAUCAAAAUACAAAUAAGUAAAAAUGAAAAGAAACAUUU